UUAGAUGGCCGGCUGCAAGUAUCUCACCGGAAAGGUCUUCCCCAUGUGAUCUACUGCCGGCUGUGGCGGUGGCCAGACCUUCAUAGCCACCAUGAGUUGCGUGCCAUGGAGAUGUGCGAGUAUGCCUUUAACAUGAAGAAGGACGAAGUCUGUGUGAAUCCGUAUCAUUACCAAAGAGUGGAAACGCCAGUGUUACCUCCAGUGCUGGUGCCUCGGCACACAGAGAUCCCAGCUGAGUUCCCGCCGUUAGACGAUUAUAGUCAUUCUAUUCCAGAGAACACUAACUUCCCAGCAGGUAUCGAGCCACAGAGCAACUACAUUCCAGAGACACCUCCUCCAGGCUAUUUGAGUGAGGAUGGAGAAACUAGUGACCACCAGAUGAACCCCAGCAUGGAUGCAGGUUCUCCAAACUUAUCACCAAACCCCAUGUCUCCAGCACACAAUAAUCUGGAUCUGCAGCCUGUUACCUACUGCGAGCCGGCUUUCUGGUGCUCGAUAUCCUACUAUGAACUCAACCAGCGAGUGGGAGAGACUUUCCAUGCCUCUCAGCCCUCUAUGACCGUGGAUGGUUUCACUGACCCAUCUAAUUCUGAACGCUUCUGCCUUGGUUUAUUGUCUAACGUGAACAGAAAUACGUCAGUGGAACUCACAAGACGACACAUUGGAAGAGGAGUAAGACUCUACUACAUUGGUGGUGAGGUGUUUGCCGAGUGCCUUAGUGACAGUGCCAUUUUUGUCCAGUCUCCCAACUGCAACCAACGCUACGGCUGGCACCCAGCAACAGUUUGCAAGAUUCCACCAGGAUGUAACUUGAAGAUUUUUAACAACCAGGAAUUCGCCGCUCUCUUGGCUCAGUCUGUAAAUCAGGGCUUCGAAGCUGUGUAUCAGCUGACCAGAAUGUGCACAAUUCGAAUGAGCUUUGUCAAGGGAUGGGGAGCAGAAUACAGGCGGCAGACUGUGACCAGUACUCCCUGCUGGAUUGAACUGCAUCUUAAUGGUCCUUUGCAGUGGCUAGACAAGGUCCUUACACAAAUGGGCUCCCCAAGUAUUCGUUGUUCCAGUGUCUCCUAAGGAAACAUCUCCUGGGGGUGGGUGGGGGGAACAAAGACUCUGGAAAAUGGAAUUGGCUUAACCCUUAGCAAAAUGCAUAGUGCAUAGUAAACAAAUUCCCAGUUAUUGAAGUGACGAGAAAAUAAUCUGCUUAAAAAAAAAAAAGGUGGGUUUUCUUUGUUUUGUUUUGUUUUUUAAACUAAAUACCCAUUUAAGCCACUUCCACUGAAACUGUUAGCACUUUGGUUACAAUGCUAUGGGCCAUUGCAGUUAGAAUUUGAAGCUGAAGUUUAUCAUGAUAAAAAACUGGACUUUGUUUCAACGGAGAGAAGCCAGUGCUCUGCCUCCAGCCAUGUCGUGCCUGUCUGGCCGCUCGCUCCGCACUGUUGUGAGCACGCAGGAGCCACUGACGGCUCGGAGGAAACUUUCCGUUUGCCUCACACAACUCUGGGCUCGUGUCAUGCAGCAUCUCUGAAAAGCCAGAUACCGUGGGACUUUGGGAUGACUCUUGCUCGUGCAUUCCUGUCACCACCUACCUGAUCCACACCUGUCCUCCCUGGGAUGGCAGCAGUAGGGGGAAAAGGAAGCAUUUAAAGCACACACAAGAACUAAUUCCCCCAGUAACGUUCCCAAAAGGAAUGAAUUUCCCACGCCGGACUACUAACAAGGAGGCAGAGUCUUGCUUCAUGCCUGAGGGAUGCAGCUGAUACCCCGAUGGUCUCAGACUGGAUUGACAUGAAGCAAAAGGCCAAACUUAAGGCUCCUUCUGAUACUGCUGCAGUGACUUUUGACUUGAGCUGCUCACAGACAGACAUUUGUCACGUGGGGAGCUCUGGCUGGCUAAGUUAAGCCUUCGUUAUUGUGCAGUCUAUUUGCAUUAACUACAGAAAGUUUGUAUUCUAUUUUUCUCAGUAUGUUGAAUGGUAUCUGCCACUUCUGAAGUCUUAGAGGCUUAGUGAAUUCAGUGUCCAGGUCUGCUCUAGUGAUGGAAGUGAACAGGCUCUUGCUGCCAUUUUCGGAAUAUGCAAUUUAAUAGGUUAUCCCUUGCCGUCACAUGUGACUGCGCAUGAACCAGGACAUCUCAGACACAAAAACCCUGUUUAAAACUUAUUUCAGCUGAUUAAAAUGCUCUGAGAUGUGUUUUUGCCUGGAGAAAUUGGGAUAGUGUGUAUUUACUUGUAUUAUAAAAUGUUCAUUUUAAACAUACAUGCUCCAGACUGUUUAAUAUUUUUUUUCCCUGCAGCAACUGUCAUGGCAAACAACUUCCACAACUGGAAAAAAACCCUUAGCACUUGUUUUUUAUGGUUCAAAUUUGCCAAAUACGUCCCAUAACUCUGUCAGUGCUAUCCAAUUAUCUGUUUCUUUAUAUCCGCAUUGAAUAUCAUAUGCGUUUGUGCCAAAAUAUUAGAAGGGGGAGGGGAGAAAGUGAUAAUGGUGUUCCUAUGGAAAUCUUUUGUUCUUUAUUUUUUUUUUUCAUAUACGAAAGACAAACACACAAGCUAGAUCUGGCUCUGGGAAGGACAGACUCGGAUGGACUUGACAAUGGUUUGUCUUAAGGCUUUAGUCCUGCAAACUUUUGUGCUCCCAGAUGCGAACGCGAGUGGCCCCACUGAGUUCAGAGGAAGUUUCCCUGCGUGCCGGGUUCAGGUUUGCAGCUUCAGAGCGCCCGGGUCCCGUAACGGGGUACUGACUUGUAAUGGCAUUUCAAACGCUUACCAGGAAUUUCCAUGUACCUGCCUGUCUGUAGAGAGAGGCUUUGCCGAUGCGCUUGUUCCUUUGAGACCACUCUGUUUAUCAACCCCACCACCUGGUUUGCAUAAAAACAACACUUUUGGACCUGAGGCAUCGGCAAGACAGGGUACGAGGCGCCCCUUGUUCGGUGGACACAGGAAGAGACGAUCCGAGAGGCUCGUUGCUGGUGUUUGUUUUACCAGGCAAAGGAAGGGAUGCUUUAGAGGAGAGUUUUCUUCCAGAAACAAGAAAUGACAUUUUGCAUAUGAAAUCUAAAUUCUGAGGAAGGCUGUCAGCGGUGGUUGUGCGCCUGAACGAUACAGGCACUUUUGAAUAUCCUCUUGCAGCAUUUUGACUGGAGCUUUCACUGUGCAACACGGCUUGUAUCAUAGCGCUGGAGGCUUUCUAGGAUUUUUAGGGGGGUUCUUUAGUUUUUGCAAUGUGUCUAAUUUUAGUUAAAUCUCUGAUUGCAUGGACUUGUGCAAUAAGAGCAUCUGUAUAAAAUAGUAUUUUCUAGCCACUUUAAAAGUAGGUCUGUCUGUCAUUGUGGGUUGAUUUGGCAUAUACUUUCAGAUACAGGUUUCUAACAUAGUUGCAAACAAAAAUUUAUCCUGACUUUUGUGGAAGUAUUUGACUUGCUGUUUUAGUGAGAGAGGGAAAAAAAAUCUGCUAUGUAAAAUGGCCCCAGGUUUCCUCCCUGAGUGUCUUUAAGUCAUGUUUGCUUAUUUUAGUGAACAAACUGUUUUCAUUGCCCACAUGAUCGUGGAGGAAGUUGGACUCUGUGGUACCUUACGCAUUAGCAACAAAAAAUGACAUCUUAAAUUCCAGUGUCAGAGUUUUCAUUACACGUGACGGUGCGUGCAGGAACCUGGCCUGACCCAGAGGCUACAAGCUGGAAUAAACCCUAACUUUAAUAUGAAGUUUGCACACAGAAUCGCCUCCUCAGCCAAACCAAGAAUUGGACCUGGAUUUCCGCUAGGAACCAGACUUCUGUCUUCUUCUUGAUAAAGGGUAAUGAAUUGCUAACCGUUAUUAAUAGAUGCCUUUUGAAAAACAGGAUUCAGAUGAUGCAUAAAAACUUUGGUUCAUCUCAUCUCAUCAUCCCUUAAGUAAAAUGACUUCAAAUGGAAAACGUAAGCUGGUCUAGCAGUAUAGUUAGAUAAAAUUGAGAAGAUUAUCUCCACUAAAGUAUUAAUUUCCUCUCCUCCCCUUUGUUUGCCUUCUCACUAAUUCAUAAAAGCUUCACGGUUUCUAAAGUUACCUUAUAAAGUCAAAUGGAAAGUCCUGUACCAUGCAACAAAUGAAAAGAUAAAGGUUGGGGAAGGGGUGUGAUCCAAGGGACGUUACGGCCGAGUUUCCUUUUAUGUUGCACAGUUGACGUGGAUUGUACAGAUGAAAGGUAAUUCCCCCGUCAGAUCUGAAACGUGCUUAAUCACGCCAUUCAUGUGGACACUAACGAAAGGGAAGAGGUAGCGUUCGGCUGUAGAUUUUUGUAGGCAGCAGUGCCCCAGAGGUGCACGUGCCGCCUUCUUGGUUUUACUUUUUUCUAAAACUUUAUUAAAGUAGCUUUGAUAUGUAGCACAAAUGUAUGCAAUCAACCAUGCCCUAGCUUAGAUUACAUAUCUGUACUGGAAUAUCUUCUCAUUUAAUGGUAGUCUUGGCUAGUUUUACAGGAUUUCAUACAUUUUUGUUACUAGUAGAGAGUCACUAGCAGGAACUUUGACUCUUUUUAAUUGGUGUAGCCAUACACAAGGGCCUGGCUGCUGGCAGAUGACAUUGAUGGCCUUGUGGUUUUAAAUGACUGUGGUGAUUUUUUUUUAUUAUUAUUAAUGUAUUGAACUGAAUUGCAGUUUGUAUUUUGUGUUAAGCUUGUCUCAGAAGUAAUCCAGUGCUGUCUGUCCAUUUGAUUUAAUCGCCAGGAAUCGGCAUGCGUAUGUACAAAGAUGGAGAAAUCUAAUCAUAAUAAAUUUCCCCAAAGCUCUGGCUACCUGUAUGUGCCAUGAAAAGGCCGGGGGUAACCUUUGAGAAAGAGUUAAAUAAAUUAGUUUCCUCUCCCCUUAAGGAUCAGCAUAGUUUGAACCAUGCAGAGGACUCCUUUGCAGGGUGAAGAAUAUUCAGGACUCCAUCUCAAGCAGCAAGUAUUGACAUCGUUGCCUUGUGCUACUUACUAACUGGAAAAAGCACAAGGAGCAAGAAGAACACAGCUCAGUGAAGGACUUCAGCCAUAUCACAAAACACCUGUGAGCCUUCCUAGUUCUCUAAGGUACUGGAUAGGUAGGAGGAAUGGAAUUUCACAAAUAAGCUGGUAAGCUAGAAUGAGAAAUAAUUAGUCACUAUAUAGUAGUUGGUUGAGCGGUAUGGUUAAGAAAUUCAGUAUAUGUUUUUUAUUAUGUACAUGCUUUUGUAUUUAUGUUGUCUUUCUUGAAUAUUCAGAUGAAUCAAAUAUUUAAUUUUUAACAGAAAGGGCAAUUAAGGACUCAGAGUAUUAAAUCUUUUAUACGUUCCUUUCUGAUGAUUGCUAGAAAUUAGGCAGUUACUGAUGUGAGAACAAGAGACUCGCCUCAGAACUGAGCAACAAACCCUGGUGAAUAGAACAGAACAAGGACUUUUCCAGCAGGAGCCUUUGCCCGAGUUGCUGUUUUAUCUUUUAGCGACAAGUCAGGUUCCCAGAUGGGCCCUUGAAUUGUGCUCUUCAGGUCUUUUCAGAUUUAUGAGGCUUUAAAAAGACAAUAACGUAUUACUCCAUAAAGGUUUUGGUUCAUCUUACGUUUCCUCCAGUACGUGGAUACUAGAGGAGUCUGCACCAGUCUCUGCUGCUGAGAUGCAUCUAGUUCACUCUCCCAAUGGAGGCAGCCUACUUUCCUCACGCUUGAUUGAACUAUUCCCCCUUCGAUAGAUAUGUACGAGCAUGUUUGCAUUAGUGUUUAGAUUUUCUUAACCUGAGGUUGUAUGUUAAUGACCGGUGGUGUCACCUACCUGCUUUAGCUUGUUAAGCAUCAUUCACCUAUUUUGUUACUAAAGGCCUGUACUAUGUAUGCCCUCUUAUUUCGUAUGUGAAACUGUAAGUUCUAUUUUUGACAUUUUAAUAAACUUUGAUUUUAAAAC